CCAAGUGCUCGGGAGUCUGUGGGUUAUGCAACUAAAAGCAGGUGUGUUAUCUCCCCCUUCCCCUUAUGAGCCAGGUGUAAUAGAGCUGAUGCACUGAGGACUACAUAGCCGUGGGUGGUGUCAGUUACCGACCUGGGACUGAAAUUUCAAACGACCGAGGGAGCCAGAGGACUCAUAAUGGCCAUCGGUAUUUGAAAAUAUCUACAAACAAUCUUAGAUUUUAUGCUUAAAUGAAUAAGCAAUGAAGCAGAAGAAGUGCAGCCCUUCCCGUUUCCUGAUUUUUAUUACUAUUUUAUUUAAAGUUGUAGAGACUGUUCCAGCGAAUGCCUAUGUGAAUCUGUUCUACUUCAACCCUAUGAACAACAGCACUGUGACUGACGAAUGUGAAUGUGGCCUGUAUGGAUUAAACUCCCCUCUGACUAGUGCUCAGGGACUAGUGGGCAUUCCUAAAUCUGCUAAUCUUCUAGCCUGUGAUUACAACACAGAGUUCACCGUCACAGAAACACCCUGGAUAGCACUGAUCGAAAGAGGCAAUUGCACUUUUGCAGAAAAGAUCAAAUUGGCAACCAGAAGGGGUGCUGAAGCUGUUGUGAUCUACAAUGCCCCAAACCGUGGCAGUUACACCAUCCCCAUGUCGCAUGUUGGGGCAAGAGACAUUGUUGCAAUCAUGAUUGGGAAUCAGAAAGGCACAGAAAUUUUACGCCGGAUUGAAAGUGGCCUACAAGUGUCUAUGGUUAUUGAAGUGGGGAAGAAACACGGACCCUGGAUGAACCACUAUUCCAUCUUCUUUGUCUCGGUGUCAUUUUUCAUUGUCACAGCAGCGACAGUGGGCUACUUCAUUUUUUAUUCUGCUCGAAGACUCAGGCUGGCAAGAGCUCAGAACAGGAGACAAGAGUUUCAAGGAGCUGAACACAUAACGGAUCAGGCUCCAAUGGCUUGUUUUAUGCUGCAGAGACAACUAAAAGCAGAAGCCAAGAAAGCUAUUGGACAGCUACAACUGCGCACACUAAAGCAAGGGGACAAGGAAACUGGUCCGGAUGGUGACAGCUGUGCAGUGUGCAUUGAAGCAUACAAGCCCAAUGAAGUAGUGCGUAUCUUAACUUGCAAUCAUCUCUUCCACAAGAACUGUAUUGACCCCUGGCUGCUAGAACACAGGACGUGCCCCAUGUGCAAGUGUGAUAUACUCAAAGCUCUGGGAAUUGAGCCAGAUAUAGAAGAUGGAGUGGAGUCCAUCCAAGCCACAGCGUCGAACGAAAUGCCAACUAUCACUUCAGUCAAUGAAGAGGAUAAUCGGAGUGAGACUGCCUCAUCUGGCUAUGCCUCAGUACAAGGAACAGAUGAACCAGCUCUAGAGGAGCACACUGCUGCGGAGAAUGGCAACCAUGAUGACCUGCAUCUCGUCAACAACGAUUCCCAGUCUCCAGCAGUGGAUGUCCUCCCACACCUCAGUAACCCCAGCUUUGAAGAAGAUGAAGCAUGUGAUCAUGAAAUCAGGUCCUAAACAUCCAUCCAGCAACACAGUUGGAACCCUCUGUAACAAACUGCCGGCCAUGGUCAUGCAUACGUCAGACAUCCCAACAAACUGGUGGACUACCACUGCAGCAAUGUUACCUUGGAAAUGUCGGGAAGAACUAGGAGAGGGUUUUUGUUUGUUUGUUUUUUAACAGCUCGUAAUUAUGUGGUUUGGAAUGCUUAACCUUCUGUUCGUUUCAACGUUUUUAUGUUCCACAUGGACCUUAGUUCUAGUGUUCCUCACACAAGCUGUUUCAAGGGAAUAUAUGAAGAAAACAGUUAUUUUAACACUAAACCAAACCUGCCUAACAUGGCCAUGCUAUUACAGAGCAAAACGUCUGUUCAGGUUUUGAAAACCAAUGUUGUUUCUGUAAAAUAAGGAGAAGAUUGUCUCAUCCUGUAGGAGCUGUUUCUUCUGCGAUUUGUUUGUUUUGUUUUUUGAGGUUCUUGGCUUCUAGAUUUAGUAUAAAAAAAUAGAAUUUUAUUACAACCAAAUCAAUUUUGAUCUGGAUGACUACUUGUUUAAACUGAUGCAAAUGUCUGUCUUAAAGCAAUGUCAAUAAUACCGAUGCACUAAAUUUAAGAGGACAAAAUAUAAGGUUGUCUGUCGGUGUGUUUUGCCUGUAAUAUCUUUUGGAAUAUAUUUAACCUAGUGGCGGUGAAAGGUAAAGAUUCUAAUCCAUCUGAGACACAUUCCUAAAAAUGUUUCAAGGGCUUCAAAUGACCAGUUGCAUCUGAUUUGCAUAACAUUGUAAAGGGAACAAGUCUGGCUUUUUUUUCUUGUUCGUAAAAUAGUGUAAGCAGAGUCUGAAAACUACCGCUGGGUCCAAGAGUUGUUUCCAUAGCUUCAGCACCAGCAAUGUUUGCUAGUCCUGGUUUGGAGGAAGUCUGAAAUCUGAAGUCUGUCCACUGAGAUUGAAGGUCCACUGAAAGUGACCCAAUAAAAUAACAUAAGGCAACAGCUGGAAAAGGACAUAAGGGGUGCUUAGUCUAGCAAGCUGGUUAAAAUUGCAGUGACGACUGAUGUGCUGUAAACAGAAAUUUAUUUGUGGGGAGUUGGACUAGGGUGUUUGGGUGGAACACGGUGCCUUAAUUCAAAGUCUAGAGCCUUGUCCACCAAAGUUAACUAAAUGCAUCUUAAAAAUGCACUUUAUUUGUAUUUUGUUGUAAUUUGUGGUGGUGUUUCUGAUGUCAGUGCUAGUAGAACUUACUCUCAAGAACAGCAAUAAUAAUGUACUACUUUCAUUUGUUGAAUCUACUGGGAGAAAACGAUGCAUUUUUCCUAUUUCUGUGCAGUGUAAUUUAAACAUGUUGUAAAUAAUUCAUGAUUUCUACUGAAUUCCUUUGAAUAUGAAAUGUAAAUAAAACUAUAUUCUACUG